CAUUUAUUAUCAUAGGUGCUGUGACUCAAGUAAAAGAUCAAGCUGUCUGUGGAUCAUGUUGGAGUUUUGGUGCUAUAGGGGCUAUUGAAGGUGCUCUAUUUAUGAAGUCUAACAAACUGGUGAGGUUAUCACAGCAGAAUUUGGUAGAUUGUUCUUGGGGUUACGGUAACAAUGGUUGUUUUGGUGGAGAGCAGUUUAGAUCAUAUCAAUGGGUAAUGGACAAUGGUGGUAUUGCUAGUGAAGAACAGUAUGGACCAUACUUAGGACAGAAUGGUUUGUGUCAUUUCAACAAGUCUAUGGUAGCUACUAAGAUAUCCAACUAUACUCAAGUACCAAGUGGUGAUAUUGACUCUUUGAAGAAAACCAUAGCCAACUAUGGCCCUGUGUCUGUCAGCAUUGAUGCCUCCCACAGGUCAUUAUCAUUCUAUUCUAAUGGUGUCUACUAUGAAGAAGAAUGUGGAAAUAAACCUGAAAAUUUGGACCAUGCUGUCCUGGCCGUUGGAUACGGUACCAUGGCUAACCAAAGCUACUGGUUGGUGAAGAAUUCCUGGUCCACCUACUGGGGAAUGAAUGGAUUUGUGUUGAUGUCCCAGAAAGACAACAACUGUGGUGUAGCUACGGAUGCUACCCUUGUUACAAUCUAAACUUUAUUUCAUACAGUGAAGGGCACAAAGCUGAGGUUUUGUUUAUAAAUGUAUUUAUAAAAAAAAUUGUAAACACCGUCCAUCAGAGAUGAUAUGAGUGUAAUUAAUACAAAAUUGAAGGCUAGAUCAGGCUAUUAAGAUACAGGGAUUAAUUACUACAAUUUCACCAUGCUUGUCUGACUCAGCGCCCAUGCUUGACUAAUUGCUCCCCACUUUUGGGGCAUUACUAUUUCUGGGUUCACGUUCGGCUAUGCAACAAUCCUUUUCAAAAUGCUCUAAAUUUGACUACCUUGUCAUAAAACCUGGUAACUGAACAUUGUUUGAUUUUUUCAAGUACAAUACUGGUAAUCAAAUUUAUAUAAUACAGUGUUGAUAUCGACCACCGUAAAUAUCAAGUGAAUUUGUAGACUGUGCAUAAACUAUGCUUCGACAAUAACCUGUCAACAAACAUGAAAGACAGUAAAUAGCUUUCGAAAAUUGCUACUGAUAAUUACCAUUGAUAUUUAAAAAAAAGAACUUGCCAUUUUUUUGCUGAAAUCAAUUCUAACAGAUCAUACUUCUGCAUUUAAAUUUCACUUCCACAUUGCGUUACAAUAUUGAUUUUAGGAAUUCCUGGAAAAAAAGCAUCAGUACAACACUGCAUUCUGAUUGAUUAAUAAGAUUUGACCUAUCAGAUCAAAGAACCAGGAUAUUUGUUGUAAUCAUUUCUGUUUCAUCAUUGAAAAUGUGUUAUGGAAAUCAAUGACAAUGCUAAUCAAUUUUAAUUCCAUCAAAAAAGAUGUACUAUUACGCAUAAUCAUGUCUGUUGGCCAAUUUUUUCAGUGGGUUGUCAAAUUUCAGACAAGUUUGCUUAAAAAGGCCAUUUUACGUUCAUAUACUCAAAAUGAAUAUGGACAAAAUAUUCCUAUGGUAUCUGUGCUUACCUCUGUGAAAAUGUUCAAUCGUAUAUAUUACACUUACAAAUAACUGAUGCAAACAGACUCCCAUAUGACCGGUUGUAAAAUCAACACCUUCCCCCUUUCUGUGGCCAGUGUUCAAUAAAUAACAACCAUGGACCACGCCUGAAAACUCAAUUAUUUCAAUUCUAACAUCCAUUAACAUCCAUUAAAAUCGUUUUUAACAACCACAGCUUUCUGCCCUUAACUUUAUUCAUUAUAUCAGCUCAAUGUAGUUGCAGUUUCUUCUUCACAUUUUUUUUUUGCUGUAGGAUUCAAAUUAUCUGUUAGGGUCUGCAGUAUCCCUUCUUACUUGGGAGUGUUAAAAGCAAUAACGUAACAGUCUGUUAGAAAGUUUACAUUAUUUUUGACACAUAUGGCUGAAUUUUGACGAGUUAUAUCUUUAUAUUCUAAAUAACUUUACAUACAGUGUAGUAUCAGCAUGUACCGGUAUGUCCUUGAUUUGUUUAUCAUCACUGUGAAAACAGAUUUUAUUUUUAGUUAAGGUAUGAACUUAUGUCAAUUAAAUUUAUUUCUAAAUAAAUGCUUUAAAGGG